UUUAGUGCCUGCCGCACGCGAUACUAUCGAUUGUGACACCUCUUUCUAGUGGCCAGAUUGAAUGUGUGUCGGCUGACGGAAAAACCGAGAAACCAUUAGAAAUAUGGAUGCUAACAAAGCGGCAGAAACGGCAGCCAAAGAAAAUGCCGCCGAUAAGGUAAGCGAGGUGGAGAACGCAGCGCUCGCAGCGGGGGAGGCGGCGAAAGUUGAGGGGGGUGCGUCGGAGAAGGGGCCCAAAGAUGCAGCCGAACCCCCUGCUGCUGCUGAAGGCGACGCCUCUGCCGCGGCGACCGCCGCCGCCACUGAUGACGUCGCUGAUAAAAAAGCCAAAGGAGACGCAGCGGCAGCUUCAAAUCCCGAGUCGGAUGCAGCUGCCACCGACAAAAAGGAGAAAUCCCCCUCGCCGGCGGUAAAGAAAUCCAAUAGCAAGGAUGCCAAAAAGGAGGAGAAUUCCGACAAGGAAGAGGAGAACACGGAAGAUGGCGAUGAGCCCGAGGAGGACGAUGACAAGGCCAGCGAUGCAGAGAGUGAGAAAAAGAAAUCUAAGCCAGAGGCAGAUGACAAGAAGAAGGAUGCCACAGAUGAGACCAAGCCAAAGUCCGGGGCGGACAAGUCCAAGAAACCGGAGUCGAAGGCCAAGAAUGGCAAGGUGGCCAAGGAAGAGAACGAAGACGACGACGAGGAGGAGGAUGACGAGGAUGCUGAUGGAGACGAGAACGAUGGCCUGGACAAGAACAACGAGGUGGCCGAGGAUGAUGAGAAUGUCGUGGCCCUGGCCGAGAUCGAUCGCAUCAACGAGAACAUCAACAAGACUCGCGUGGAUGGCCUGCAAACCUUGCAUGCACUCUGUUUCGGCGCCCAGGGCAAGAACAACGUGGUGAAGAAGAACUUGCGCUCCUUUGCCGGCUUUGAGUUCGCCAAGGAUUCGGCCGAGUACAACAAAAAGCUGGAGGCCAUCAAAAAGGUGGACAACAAGGGGCUGCGCAGCAUCUGCGAGAUCCUCACCCUCGAUCGCAGGGGCAGCAAGAACGAGACCGUACUGCGAGUGCUCAAAUUCCUAAUGGAACCCGACGAAUCGCUCUGCUUGGAGCAGGGCGAUGAGGAGGAGGAAGAUCCCGAGGACGAGGAUCUGGAUGAGGACGAGGAGGAUCCGCCCAGCGAGGAGGACAAGAAGCGCAAGAGCGGCAAGUCGAGUGGAGCCGCUGGCAGAGGCUCGGCACGCAAUUCUACCGGACGUCCCAGGCGAUCCACGGCUGGAAAAAAAAUGUCCGCCUACGUAGAUUUCUCUAGCUCUGAGGAGAGCGAGCAGAAGGUCGCCGUGCCGAAAAGGAGACGAAAUGAUGACUCGGAGUCGGGCUCAGAUUACAAUCCCUCUGGCAACUCGGACUCAGAUGGCGGUCGAGGUGGUGGCGGAGGUGCUGGUGCAGCAGGUCGCAAAGUCCCAAGUCGUGGCAGUCGUGGUCGUCCGGCGCGCAAAAGUCGUCGGAGAAACUCUGAUUCAGAAGAGGAGGAGGAAUCCGAAGUAUCCGAAGCCGAUAGUGACAUCCCAAAACGCAAGCGUGGACCCGCUGGAAAACGUGGACGACCGGCUGCUCCUGCGUCAGCUGGACGGAGGGGUAGAGGACGGGGAGCAGCUUCGCGAAAGCGCAAAGAUUCAGAUAGUGAAGAAGAGGAUAUUUCCGAGGACGAAGAGGAUGAGGAGGUCUCGGAGUUCGGCAGCGAUCAAAGCGAGGAGGAACGUCCCAAAAAGAGUAAGAAGCCCACUACGCCUGCGAAAAAUAGCAAAGCUAACAACAAGUCAAAACCAGCUGGAAAGGCCGAUGGUCGAUCGAAAAAAUCAAAGAAAGAAUCCUCUGAGGAAGACGAUGAUGUCGAUGACAAAGACGAGUCAGACGAGGACGAGCCACUAACCAAAAAGGGCAAACUGGCAUUCCCAACGGAUGAACAAAUACGCGGCUAUGUCAAGGAGAUCCUGGAUAAGGCCAAUCUGGAGGAGAUUACCAUGAAAACAGUGUGCAAGCAGGUGUACGCGAAGUAUCCAGACUUUGAUCUAACUGACAAGAAAGACUUCAUUAAGGCCACAGUCAAAGCGUUAAUUGCGACAUAAAACCGCGUAGAGACGGAGGCACUUUGAAGACGGGGAGGGUCCAGGUUCUGUAGACAUACAAUAAACAAUUACAACCGCGACGCCGAAGUCAGCAGGUCGUUUGCCGAGAUAGAACAACGUUGGGCGAGAGAUGUAACUCUUAGUAGUUGUCCUAUAAGUAUAUGAUUUGUACUCCUAUCCUAAAAGCUAUCUACAGUUUACCUUAAUCCUAACGUCAGCGGCAGUAGACUAUCCAUUCUUAUAUAUAUUCAUCUGUAUAUAUAACUUUCUGUUUGUCCAACCGUGCACACGCAUACACAUCAUUUUCUAUUUUCUUGAAAGUAUGUGCUCUCGACAGCUCUGCAAAAAGUGUGUAAAUUAAGCAAAGAGAAACUUGUAAAAAUCCGAUAACGCAAAUAACUAAACUGUAGUGCAUUUUGAUUUGACGUUCAACAAGAAAUGAUGUAUUUAAAAUUAAGACACAAGAAAUAAUAAACAAAAAGCGAAAUUAAAAUUGAUAA